AUGGCUUCCCCAUCCGCAUUACCUCAGCCAUCUCGCCAAACAACUAGCACACCGACAGGAAGCAUAGCCUCGCUUUCUUCAACAACGAGGCUAAAGCCUUCGCGGCGGGUUCCAGAUGUCCAAAGAGUUUCAUCUUCAUCGCCUUCAAAGCUCCGCUCCCCAACGCGUCCUUCGUUGGGUGGAAAUGCUCAAUCUAACUCUUCGUCCAGUAUAUCUACUUUGCGAUCCACUUCAGGUGUAUUCACAUCGAAUGGCCCCGAUCGAAGUCUCCGAAGAACGGUCAGCAUUGCUUCUUUUCCUCAGCCGCCCAAAGCAAGCUCGAGGCUUUCAACAGCGUCAGUUUCCAGUUCCACCUCGCAAGUAACGUCGAAUAUGCGGGGUUCCCCCGAUCUGGUAAAGUCUGCUACUGGGACAGCGAGAAAGCAAUCCAGACUUAGCACUGCUACUACAAGUAGCAACCGCGGAUCCAAGGCUUCAUCUUUACACAAUAACAGCAAUGACGGCAAGUCGGUCCCGAAUUUGGCGGGCAUCAAAGAUUAUGAAGGACAAAUCAGCCUUUCUUCACCACCACAGAGUAGAAGUUCGUCAGCUCAAGGAUCAUAUUCAACUAGCGCAACAACGUUUGAUGAAAAUGAAGAUGCGGAGCAUCGAGGAUCGGAUACAAAAGACUCUGCAAUUAGCGGAAAGAAAGGCAUUCGCUCAAAAGAAGUGAAGGGCAACGUUAUCGUCAGCGUGCGAGUUCGUCCCGAUAAUGGUGCUCAAGAGGGUUCUCGCGCUGAUGGCGAAUGGAUGGUAGAUGGCCGAAGGUCUUUAAUUGGUUUCAAAGGAAAGGAGAAUUACGAUUACUUUUAUGACAAUGUUUUUGCUGCACAUGAUAAUAACUCUAAAGUUUACGACUCCUCGGCCAAACGACUCGUUCGCAGGGUAAUGGAAGGGUAUCACGGAACUGUCUUUGCCUACGGUAUGACUGGCACUGGUAAGACGUUUUCCAUGCAAGGUACAGCUUCAUCGCCUGGAGUGAUUCCCUUGGCAAUUACCGAUAUAUUCUCUUAUAUUCGAGAGACACCCCAUCGAGAGUUUCUUCUUCGUGUCAGCUAUUUGGAAAUCUAUAAUGAGAAGAUACACGAUCUACUCUCGGCUUCUACUGCGAAUGGCCCAGGUGCACCGGCGCAAGAAGAGAUCAAGCUUCGAGAAGAUAGUAAGCGGGGCGUUUAUGCAACACCUUUGAAAGAAGAAAUUGUGCAAAGUCCAACCCAGCUUCUUCGUGUUAUUGCAAGAGGCGAUCAUGCGAGAAGGACCGGUAGCACUCAAUUCAACGCACGGAGUUCGCGAAGUCAUGCCGUCGUACAGAUUGUUGUGGAGAGUCGUGAGCGAGCCCCUGGUGGCAACUCAUCUCAAGACAAGCGACUGGCCUUUGUUCCUGGAGGUGUGAGAGUUUCGACACUGAGUCUGAUCGAUUUGGCCGGUUCUGAGCGUGCGGCUGAAAACAAGGAAAGACGUACAGAAGGAGCUCACAUUAAUAAGAGCCUUCUUACCUUAGGAACUGUCAUCGCAAGGUUGUCUGAAAGCAAAGAGAAAAUAGCGAACUCUACAGACAAGGAAAGCAAGCAUCUGCCAUACCGCGAUAGCAAGUUGACAAGACUACUGCAACCAGCACUAUCAGGAAACUCUCUCGUUAGCAUUCUCUGCACUAUUCAGAUUGGGUCCUCUGGAAGUGCGGCUCCUGCCAACACACACACGAAUGAGACCUUGAAUACCCUCAAAUUCGCUGCCAGGGCAAAGAAUAACAUUGUCAGCCAUGCCAAGCGAGCAGAGGAGGCAUUUGGGGGGGGAAUGAUCCAGUCCUUGCGUGCCCAGUUGGAAAAUCAGAGUAAAACGCAGGUGGAAAAUGAAUCGAAGGUUGAAGAGGAAAGAAUAGAAAAAGAAGCGGACGCUCGUCACGAAGAGCAGAUGCUUGAAAUGCAACUCGCCCGAACUGCGCUCAAGGAACGGAUUGAGCAUCUUAAUCGUCUCAUUCUUUCAUCAAAAUCCACGGGUGUUAAUAGCAACGGCGCAACAGCGGCUCUGGACAGAUUGUCUAGACUUUCUGGGACCCUGGAGUCAGGCACACGCUCGCUUCGUUCGUCGGCCAGUCAAUCUACUCUAGGUGCCAAUUCUCUACGUAGAACAGUGUCACAACUUUCUCUGAAUAGCGGAGACCAAUCCAGCGGAUAUCACGCUCAACGCUCAUCGCUUUUACCGGAAGAUGACGAUGAUACUAUUGGGGAGUACGGCGAUGGAAAUGCGAGCCUCCAGAUGCAAGUCACAGCUUUACAAGCUGACCUUGUGGAUAAAAAUCGGUAUAUAUCCACUUUGGAGCGGCGAUUGCUCCAGGCACGACGUUCCAGCCAUUCAAGGAUGUCUAUGGGCAUAUCGCAACUCAAAAAUGGUGAAGAUGCCGAUGUAAUAACGCUACUACGCGAGAAAGAUAUGGAAAUCACCGAGUUGCGCAUUCAGCUUGAUGACAAAGAUCGUAUGCUCACUGCUCUUCGUUCUGCAGCUCGUCAACGCGACAUUGCACAGAUGCCAUUAGACGCCUCUGUCUCAGAUAAGCAACCGGGUAAUCGAAACAGUGAAGGUAAUAGCAGUUCACCUGCUAGCGCACCUGCUGGCGAUUCUAGCAGUCUGGUUAACCCAAUAUCUCCAGCAUCAGAAAAAGAGAAAGACGCCAAGAGAAAAAGCACCGACGAGGUGUCGCGUAUGCUGGAUGAAAUGAUUCAAGAUCGAGUCGAAAAUGGCCACUUAGUCAAGAGUUCUCGAGGCAGCAUACGAAUCUUGAGUGGAACAACAAAUCAACGUGAGUCGAUAGGAACUGUACCAGCACUGUCAGGUACUGUUGACUCAAGGGGCUCGAUUACCGAGUCUUCCAAGGCUGAUGCCUGA